GCUCUAAACGGCAACGCUGGGGCUAAGGAAGCUGCAAAAUUCCCACGCCGGAAUGCAGGCAACUUGCAAUGGUUUGAUUUUUUGUAACCUGUCUUUAUCCAUGACCUUGUCGCUGUCAGUGUAUGGCAUAAGGUAUCGAAUAAUAAAAAAUAAGUUAAUUUUUAAAUAAAAUUAGCGGCGUUUUUGCCUUUGGUGCUCAGACCUUAAAAAUGUCCAAGGAAAUGCAACUGCUGAAAUUGCUCAGGGGGAGUUUUCUUCAGGUACGUUUUAUUCAUGCGGCUCCUGCUUCGAAUGCAGCAGCGGCUGCUGCUGCCGAACCUCAACAGCAGAAGCCGCCAAAGAUCAAAACCGUGUCGAUUUAUCGCUGGAACCCCGACAAGCCCCAGCAGAAGCCCUACAUGCAGGAUUAUAAGGUGGAUCUGAGCCAGUGCGGGCCCAUGGUGCUCGAUGCUUUAAUUAAGAUCAAGAAUGAGAUGGACCCAACGUUAACCUUCCGAAGGUCCUGCCGCGAAGGCAUUUGUGGUUCCUGUGCCAUGAACAUUGGGGGCGUUAAUACGUUGGCUUGCAUUAGCAAGAUCGAUACCAAUCUGGGGAAGAAGGCGAAGAUCUACCCCUUGCCUCAUAUGUACGUCGUCAAGGAUUUGGUGCCCGACAUGACGAACUUCUACAACCAGUACAAGUCGAUUGAGCCGUGGCUUCAACGCGAUGACGCUGUGGCUGCUAAAGGCACCAAAGAAGUCACGCAAUAUCUUCAAAGCGUGGACGACCGAGCUAAACUCGACGGUCUAUACGAGUGUAUCUUAUGCGCUUGCUGCUCAACUUCUUGUCCCAGUUACUGGUGGAAUGGAGACAAAUAUUUAGGACCCGCUGUACUUAUGCAGGCGUACAGGUGGAUCAUAGAUUCGCGUGACAACACAACAGCAAAGCGAUUGGAUAAAUUGCGAGAUCCUUUCUCAGUCUAUCGGUGUCACACUAUCAUGAACUGCACCAGGACGUGCCCUAAGAGUCUGAACCCUGGCCGCGCUAUCGCCGAAAUCAAGAAACUACUAGGAGGCGUUGCCUCUAAGCCAAAGCCUCAACUAGACCCUGUAGCUUUACAAAAGUAAUUGCCUUAAAACAAAUAUUUAUUCCCUGUUUGGUCACCUGUAAAUAAGGUAAAUACUAGCGAGUUGAAUAAACGUUUUAAUUAUUGUCA